CUGCAACGCAUCGCCCGCCUACUCCCUCCCUCUCUCCCCCAGCUUCACCAGCCUAGUCGCGUGGGUGUUUCCGUUUGUUUCUUCCAUUUGUAGAAAAGUCCAACAUUAUCCCAAGACACGCUUAAAAGGAAGCAAACAAGGUCUAACACAAACAAACCUGUGGGCGCCCACCUUUGGAACUGCACAAUGCAAAGACUGCAGGUUUUAAAAGAAACUUUCUAUGGCUUGGAUGUUGUCCAACAGCAGCUUCUAAUAGGCUCAGCUGUGGCAGCAGGGGGGGCAUUGGCAUACAUAAUGCUCAAAAGAAGAGAAGCCAAAACAAUUCCUCUUGGAAAAGGAUGGUGGGGGGCAGGAGAGAAGCCACUGUCAGAGGAUGAUCAAAUCUAUCCCUUUAAAGUGCAAACCACAGAUGAAGAGAUUAAGGACCUUCAUGAGCGCAUUGACAGAACCCGCUACACUGAUCCUUUGGAAGAUAGCGGCUUCCAGUACGGCUUCAAUUCCACUUAUCUCAAGAAAGUUGUUUCUUAUUGGAGACACGAGUUUGACUGGAAAAAACAGGUGGCAGUGCUUAACAUGUAUCCACACUUCAAAACUAAAAUAGAAGGACUGGAUGUGCACUUCAUCCAUGUGCAGCCACCACACCGCGAGAAUCAGAAGGUUCUGCCUCUCAUGCUCGUUCACGGCUGGCCUGGCUCCUUCUACGAGUUCUACAAGAUUCUGCCACUUCUCACGGAGAACAAGGAUGGUCUUGCGUUUGAGGUCAUAUGCCCAUCUAUCCCUGGCUACGGUUUCUCAGAGGCCCCUCACAAACAAGGAUUUGACAGUCUCGCUGCCGCCCGAAUUUUCCUGACCCUGAUGGAGCGUUUAGGGUUCUCCCAGUUCUAUCUGCAGGGAGGGGACUGGGGCUCCCUCAUCACCACCAACAUGGCGCAGAUGAAGCCUCAGUGCGUGAAAGGACUCCACUUAAACAUGUGUGUAUCACAAAGAGGGUUUAAAGUGCUGUUGUCCCUUAUGAUUGGUCCUUAUCUGCCCUUCCUGGUGGGCUUCAGUCGGGAAGAUGUUCGCCGGUUGUUCCCUUUCUUUGAGAAGAAUGUCUGGAAUAUCCUGAUGGAAACAGGCUACUUGCACAUCCAGGGCACUAAACCAGACACUGCAGGCUGUGGAGUGAAUGACUCUCCUGUAGGCUUGGCGGCCUACAUUCUGGAGAAGUUCUCCUCCUGGACUGAUAUGGGGAACAGAGAUCUGGCGGAUGGUGGGCUGACCAGGAAAUUCAGCCUGGAUGACCUGUUGACAUGUGUCAUGAUCUACUGGACCACGGGCUCCGUCGUGUCCUCCAUGCGCUUCUACAAAGAGAACUUCAACAGUAAUCCUAACAAUAGAGUGGAUGCAAGGACGGGGAUAUUUGUACCCACUGGACUCGCCGCCUUCCCUGAGGAGUUGAUGCACUGCCCUAAAUCGUGGGCACAAAUUAGGUAUCGGAACAUCUACUCCUAUACUUUCAUGCCUCGUGGUGGUCACUUCGCUGCCUUUGAGGAGCCCCAGCUGCUAGCUAAAGACCUUGUUCAGUUUGUGAAAAAAGUGGAGAAGUUCUGAACCUCAGACCAAUAAUUAUGGCACAGCUGUUCUUUAUUACUGCUGUUGUUUGAUUUUGACUGAUCAUUCCAAAUGGCACACAAAUGUGUACAUCCUUAUCAAGAUUUUUACUGCACUACCAUGCAUCUUCAUGCAUCAUUGCCUCUCUAAAACGGCAGUACUGUCAAUCAUUUUCAGGUUUUAAUAGAUGUAAACAUAUAUACACAGAUGACACUCCAGUGUAUCCAAUAAUUGGAUUGAAGAAAGCAAUGUAAUGCAUUAAACAUGUCAAAUUAUGCAAAUUAAAAUAUAUUGCACCAA